UUCCCUGAAAUCGAAGAGGCGAGAAGCAAAAAAAAACAAAAAAAAACCAUCUUUUUAUCUGUCUUGUCUCAAUUCCACAACUUUCUUCUCCCUCUCUCUCUUUCUUUGUAGAAAUGGCAGAUCAGCUCACCGAUGAUCAGAUCUCUGAGUUCAAGGAGGCUUUCAGCCUAUUCGACAAGGACGGAGAUGGUUGCAUUACAACUAAGGAGCUUGGGACUGUGAUGAGGUCGUUGGGACAGAACCCAACUGAAGCUGAGCUCCAGGACAUGAUAAAUGAAGUGGAUGCUGAUGGUAAUGGAACCAUCGACUUCCCAGAGUUUUUGAACCUCAUGGCCAGGAAGAUGAAGGAUACAGACUCAGAGGAGGAGCUGAAGGAGGCAUUCAGAGUGUUUGACAAGGACCAGAAUGGGUUCAUCUCUGCUGCUGAGCUCCGUCAUGUGAUGACUAACCUUGGUGAGAAGCUGACUGAUGAAGAAGUUGAUGAAAUGAUCAGGGAGGCUGAUGUCGAUGGCGAUGGACAAAUUAACUAUGAUGAGUUUGUUAAGGUCAUGAUGGCCAAGUGAUUUCCCUCUUCUGAAGUUUUUUUUUUAACUGUGAAAAAAGACCUAACAUUCGUCAGACUGGGUCAGCUUUGGGAUAAUGGUUUCUUUUAACAAAUUUAUCCAGUUAGGUUGUACCUUCGGAUGAAUGUAAUGCUCUAUCGUUUGGUGGUUGAAUCACUUUCUUUCUCUUAUUUGGUUGUCUUGUACCUCGGCUGAUAAAGUUGUCUGGUUCAUAUUUAGGGCUUUGUUGAACUAAGUCUAUGGAGACUGUAACUUUUUAUUUAUUUAUUGACGAAUGCAGUUGUAAUAGCUUGCAUUAAUGCAAACUUUUUGAGGCUGGAAAUUGUAAGAGUCUCUAGCCGU